UCAAUAAUAAGUUGUCAAACUCCACAGCUGAUUUGGGUGCUAGUUCAGGUCGAUUUAAGUAAAAAUGUCUUCAUAUUGAGGGCGUGGAAUAUAUAGGGAGUUAAUAUAUUCAUAAACGAUGUUAAUUAUUAAGUAGACGAAACUGUGACAAAACUAUUUUAAGAUAUGUUACCAACAUUAACCACAUAUACCCGACUGGAUGGUCCAAAACCUUUAUUUCGCGUUCCUUUUGGAAGAAUUGCAUUUGCAGUUGUGAGUCUGCCACUUGGCAGUUUUGCAUUUUGUGUAAUUUGGUCGCUAAUCUUUGAAUUUGAACGUUCAACUUCAACGCACUGUGAUGUACCUAAUUAUUUACCCUCCAUAUCGGCAGCCAUUGGAAAUUAUGAACCACAAAAAACCGUUUGGCGCUUAGCGAUUACUAUGCAGCUACCUUUUCGAAUAGCUGUUGUCAAAAUGUACAUGCAAUACUAUAAGGAUACAAUAAGGCGUAAUCGACGUAUAUAUGCUAUUUUAGCAUGUUUGUUAAAUAUGGUGGAGAAUUUUGCGCUCCUAAGUUUGUCAUUGUGGACAUCGUUAGAUAAUUAUCCGAUACAUCGAAAUUCAUUCGUUGUUUUUAUUGCCUGCAGUGAGAUGUAUAUGCUUAUAUCUUACUUUCUGAACAAAAAUGGACGUAAAAUAUCGCUCUUGCCAAUGGAAGAGAAAUCAUUGUUGUACAAAAGAAAUUUGUUUAUAACAAAUGUAACUGCUUUUAUUUUGGCUGGCUACUGCUUCUUGCGACAUAAUUCGUCUUGUGAGCCGGGCGUUUACACGUUUUUUGCGCUUUUCGAGUAUGUCGUUGUCCUAACGAAUAUGGCUUACCAUAUGACUGCAUACUGGGAUUUCCAUGCUAUGCAUGUUACUUUUGACUGGGAACGAGGGCUUUACUUAUCUCAAUUUUAAUUAAUUGUAUUAAUUGCAAUAGGAUAUGUUUUUUUACUCCGGCACUUUAAGUGCAAGUGUACAUAAGUAUACGCAUAUAUAGUACAUAUAUGCAUAUAUUAAGUCAAAAGAUUACUUAACUUUACUUUAAUGAAAAACUUAUAUUUUACACAAUCGUUAGUAGUGAGUUAAAAUAAUAAUUAAAUUAACGCACGCUCAAAACAGUGCACACACAUACAUAUGAACGUGCUUUGUAUGCUAUAUUUUGCUCAAAAUACUUUUAGUGCUAAAAUCAUAUAAGUAGAUAGCAAUAAUAAAUCUAUCUGAGAUAUUAGAUAUA